GAGUGAGAGGAGCGGCGCUGUGGGCUGGAGGAGAGCGGCUGCUGCUGGAGUCACCUGAAAACUUUUAACCGCCUGUAAAGGCACAGUGAACCUCUGGGAGGAUAAGCAGGAGUCUGGGUAAAGUUAUGAAUCUUUUUGGGUUGAUCUGAUACCAACGCCAGAGGAAAAUGGGGAACGGAAUAUCAGAUCAGUCCAGCAUAUUUUCAAAUCUUCCCUUCUUCAAGUCUCUUCACAUUGCUAUUUUGGGAUUGGACUCUGCAGGGAAGACCACUGUGCUUUACAGACUGCAGUUCAAUGAAUUUGUGAACACUGUCCCCACUAAAGGUUUCAAUGCUGAGAAGGUAAAACUAGUGCUUGGGGGCUCUACAGUGGCAUUUCACUUCUGGGAUGUUGGUGGUCAGGAGAAGCUCCGUCCACUAUGGAAGUCAUACACUCGCUGCACAGACGGCGUUGUGUUUGUGGUGGAUUCGGUGGACGCUGAGAGGAUGGAGGAGGCCAAAACUGAACUGCACAAGAUUACCCGUGCUUCAGAGACACAAGGCGUUCCUGUGCUUAUUGUCGCAAACAAGCAGGACCUUAGGCACUCUCUAACCGUGGCAGAAGUUGAGAAGAUGCUGGCACUCAAUGAACUAGGAGCCACCACGCCAUGGCAUUUGCAGCCAACCUGUGCUAUAAUAGGUGAUGGUCUAAAAGAGGGACUUGAAAGACUCUAUGACAUGAUUCUCAAACGGAGGAAGAUAUUAAAACUGCAGAAAAAGAAGUGAACACUAUUUCUGAUGCUUUAUUUUUUAUGGGACAAGGUGUUAUGAAGGCAUAAAAGUUUAUCAGUUGACUGAGUUUUAUCAGUUUUACAGACUGAUAUUUUACUACAUAUUAAAGCCCAUGGUUUUCUAAAGGAAGCUCCUAAAAAGAGCAUAAAAGAGUUUGUAGCUAUAAAUGGCACAAACUGUAUUUCUUGGUCUUUUUACUGGAUAUUUUGUGGAAAGUGUGUGUGUGUGUGUGUGUGUGUGUAUACACACACGCACACACACAUGUCAUACUUGAGAAGUGCAGACCUAUCUGAAACCUGUUAGUUGAAUGUGGAGGGAAAGUGAGUAGUAAGGGUCAUGAGAACAUAUUAAAUUGAGAACUUUCUGGGUUACGGUAAAUAUAGAACACUGCAGGUCAGCUAAACAACAAAUAUUUAAUUCAUUGUAUUGUUAUAUUUUAAAGGUAUAAGACAUUUGCUACUUAUUUAGUUUCAUAUCUAGUAGGAAGGAGCUGUGGGCCAGUGCUGCUCUCUAUUUUUCAUGUAGAUAUCUGCUGAAGUUAAUACAUGAUUACAAAUGCAGUAAAAUGAAUAAAAUGCACAUAUUUUAGCAAAGUAUCCCACUAUACUAGAAAUAGAAAACAAUAAAAUGUACUUUGAUUUGAGUUUAUAGUAUCAGUCAAAUCUAAACAUCAGUUAGAUACCAAUAACUGCCCAUAUUGAUAUGAUGACCUCAUCGCGCAUCCCUCUUGGGUAGGAAUGGUUUUGUACUUGAAAAUGCUUUUCUAUCAGCUGCUUUCUUAUUUUCCUGUGUCAAAGUCUAGUUUCCUCUCAUUUCUAUACAAGUUGUUUACAGCACUUUAGUCAUGAUCUUUUAUUUGAAUGACUUUGAGACUGACUUGAUAUAAAAAUAUUAGUCUAAAGAUUGGAAGAAAAUGUUUUGCACAUGGGUUUUAUUCUGCAAUACAUUUAUUUGACUAAAUUUUAAUAAAUGAAUGUUUCCCGAUGUGCGUGUACAUGUUGUAGGUGAAACAGACAUAAGCCCUUAUAUGGCCCUUAUUUGUUUCUGUUUGACGAGUUUUGUGGUCACACCCAUAUUGACCAGUGUUCUGUAGAGUUCACUCCCUCUUGUUUGAGUAAAUAUCAUUGCUUACACUGUGACAUACCUUGUAGACUUUAACACUUUGGUGAACAGGGAAGCAGAAGUUACUGUUUAGCUCUGAAGCCUGGCUUCUUUCUGGCCCUAGAGGGUUAAAUGUUGUUCUUGUGAAGGCAGUAGACCUAAAUCCUCCCCUCUUGGACUAUAAUGCUGAAAUAAUGAGUGUGAAGGGAGGGGGGUGGUGGAAAUGUGGGUUCAGCCACUGUGCGUCACAUGGUUUCCUUUGUUACAGCUACACCCCAUAAAUCCAAACUGACAAGGCCUCUUCCCUCUGUUCCACUUAGCUGUCGUAAGAGUGAGCUAGGACAGUAACUGGCUUCCUUUCCCACACUCAUUUUGUUGAUAUCUACAGGCUAGUGUCACACCUGUGUCUUUUGGUGUUUUAUUACUUUCACUAUUAGUCUUAUCUUACUGUUAUGAGUAGUAAAUGUAUGUAUACAGUUAGAGCUGGGCUAUAUGGAAAAGUAUAUCACAACGCUUCUAGACGUUUUGUCACUUUUUUUUUCCAGACAUCUUGUGGAAUUUGCAGCGUCACAUUUAUAAAUAAAUACAUUGAUUGUAUUCUGUAUUUUACCUACUGAGCUGCACAUGAUCCAGAUAACCAGGACUAAAUAUGCUCUCUUUGUAAUUAAACAUGCACUCAGAUCAGUGUUUUUAGGACUGCUGAUAGUCCUGAAAGGCUCAGAAAAGCGUAUUGUAACACAAAUCCUGGAGAUCUUCCACCCUGGAGAGUUAAGAUCUGACACACCUGGCUCUAAUACACAGAUGUUCAUGAAAUCCUUCAUUAUGUGGAUCAGUUGUGUUAAAUUAGGGUUGGAGCUAAACUCUGCAGGGUGGUACAUCUAGACCAGAAUUGAGCUUUAUCUGCAAUAUGUGCUUACAAAGUACAUCAAAAUGUACAGGUUAUGGUUGGCUGAAAUCAAUUCUAGACAAAGAUACUAAAUUUAAAAAAGAAAAAAAUCUAGUGUAGCUUCAUGAUGUACGGUGUAUUAUUUAUCGCUUUCAGGUUGAUAUGUACUUUUUUUUUUUUUUUUUUUUUAAUUCAGAAUGGAACCUCUGUAUUCUGUUGAAUACAUAAAUGGCCUGUUGGCUGUA